AUGAAGCAUAAAAUCUUAGAACUGUAUAGUGGAAUUGGCGGCAUGCACUGUGCAUGGAAUGAAUCUGGCUUGAAUGGUGAAGUAGUAAUGGCUGUUGAUAUUAAUAAUGUAGCAAAUGAUGUUUAUAAGCACAAUUUUCCUAAUACUCGUUUAUUAAAUAAAAACAUUCAAUCUUUGACUUCAAAAGAAAUUAAUGAACUUGAUGUUGACACUGUGCUUAUGUCACCACCAUGUCAGCCCUUUACAAGAAAUGGAAAAUAUUUAGAUGAAAAUGAUCCUAGAACAAAUUCUUUUAUAUAUUUAAUAGACUUAUUUGUACAUUUAGAAAAAAUCAACUACAUAUUAAUGGAAAAUGUUAAGGGAUUUGAAUGUUCUACUGUAAGGAAAUUAUUUGUAAAUAAAUUAAAAGAAUGUAAUUUUGAAUAUCAAGAAUAUCUUUUAUGCCCCACAAAUGUUGGUGUACCUAAUUCUAGACUAAGAUAUUAUUGUUUGGCAAGAAGAAAUGAUACUAAAUGGCAUCAUCAACACAAAGAAGAAAUUAUUAAAAUACUUCCAAAAAAUUACAAUGAACCUGUGACUUUAGAAGAAAUAGUGGAGAAAAAUAUUCCUGAAACAUUUUUAUUAAGUGAUAAGUUGAUGAAAAGAGCAAAAGUAUUGGAUAUUUGCUUUAGUCAAUCUAGAAGAACAUGUUGUUUUACUAAAGCUUAUACACAUUAUGUUGAAGGUACUGGUUCUGUCUAUACAGAGUUUACACCUGAAGAAGUUCAAUAUUGUUACAAAGAAGCUAACAAAUAUGAUGUUGGUAGUGAUGAAUUUAUAGCCACAAUAAAAAAAUUGAAAUUAAGAUUUUUUACUCCUACUGAAGUUCUUUCUUUAAUGUCAUUUCCACAAAGUUAUAAAUUUCCUGAUUGUGUUACAUUAAAACAAUGUUAUAGACUUUUAGGAAACAGUGUCAAUGUAAAAGUUAUUUGCGAACUUCUAAAAAUACUGUUUGAA